UUUCAUGAGUCAGUCACGACAGAACCUAUUUAUUCCCACCCUUAUUUUAUAUAUGUAUUCAUAUAUGUAUAUUUAAUAACUGCUCUCUUAGUAAUUUAUAAACACUGAGAGGGUAUGGAGGGAGUGGCCUUUUAACCUCUCUAUGCAGAUAGGGGGAAAUCUCAUGUGGUGCUGUUGUGAUGGACUCGUGAAAACUGAAUUAUCGGUAAGUUAUGAUUCCGACUUUUAUGCCCCAUAAAACAAAGCUAUAAAAACUAAACUUUAAAUAUGUACACAAUUAACAUUAUUUAAAGGAAAGGUGUCUGACCGUAUGGGGUCUCCUAUACAGGGAAACUUGUAAUCUCGGGGGAUCUCCUGUACGAGGGUUCCCAUCUACUUACCAGUCCUGGGUGUACUCUGGCUGAGCAGGCCAUCACUUGCGCUCGUUCAGGAAGGGAGGGGCCAGAGCAUGCCGAAGGCGCGUAAGUAGACAGAGCUCCUGUACAGGAUAUGCUUUAAGAUUAGAAGAUCCCUUACCUAUUCUGGACACCCACACGAUUAGAGACUUAUUCCCUAUCCUUUGGAUAGGGGAUAAGUGCCUGAUGAGUUCAGUUCCCUAGAGUACCCCUUUAAAAUAAUAAUAAUAUUAAUAAUAAUCUGCAAUACCAAAAAACACCAUGGGAGGUCACUAGUUACCAAUAUUUCCCAUUCACCAAAUUUUAUAAUAUCCUGUGAUAAAGCCACUGAGUAUGGUGAAACAUAUCGAGGGAGACUGUGAUCUAAAUUUUGAAUAUUGGUGUUCCCUCUGUUUAUCAGACGUAAACUGCAGAUACAUUCUGAUAAUUUCUCCCUGGAUGUUUAAACAUUGUAGCCUGUGGAAAUAUGGGUAACUAGUUACCCCCUUAUGGUGCUUUUUGGUAUUCAUGAUGGCGAUGGUCCGCUGUUAGCCUGCUGUAUAUUCAGCACCAUUGCAGAAGGGCAUAGCAGCCAGAGAUAUGGUGCCAUAGGUUAAAGAGUACCUCUCAUGAUCUUGUUAAAUUUUAUCUGCCCAGUUCACUGCCGCCAUCAUGAUAAACCACCCCCUGCCUUCAUUUUUUAUUAUUUUUUUGUUUUCUACCUUGAUAUUGCUCUGUAUUUUCUGCUCAGUCUUAGUCAGAUUCACAAUCUGAGAAGCGGCGUUACCCAGCAGGCGUGACAUCAUCUGAAGUCAUACAGAGGAGAACUUCCUCCCUCACUCUGCUAUACACAGCCCUGAGCAGCACUGUACCAUAUUUCCACAGCAGUAUUAGCAUUAAGCCCUUAAUCCAAGACAGCCAGAUGAAGGUAACGGUGAAUGGAAAGGAUGACACUAAACCCGUCCCUAUCGCUGUCGGAGUUACAGUUAUAGAAGUUCUCGUGCUUUCUGCCGAUGGCUCCAAUUCUCAGGUUUACAGAAUUAUUGUUACGCGUGCACAGCUUCCAUUCAGUGUGAAGUUUACAGAUGCCCAGGAGCAGGUGAAAUACGAGUGUCCUAUUUCCUUAGCUGCUUUAUACAGACCGGUCUCUAUUCAAGGAAGUGUUCCCAAGCACACAAUAUCGACACAAUACUUGGAUCUUCUAACAAGACGAUCAAAAACAGAUCCAUUGGAUGAGACCAUUCUUAUUGAGAACUGGAGGCUUCCUGAGUAUGAACUGGAUAUGAAUAUGUCAGCAGCAAAUGUCUUCUGCUGUUUCGCUUACCGAGGUUGUGGAGAUAUUGUACUUCUGUCUGAUUUUGGUAACCAUGCAAGGAGCUGUCCAUACAAACCCCAGACUGAGCUGGAUCCUAAGACUGUAACAGAUGCAGAGUGGUAUAAAGAAGAAUUUUCUACCAGUAAAUCCUCAGAGCCCAUCCUUAAGCAUUCCAUACAGGAAAGAAGCUGGGAGAAAAGGCUUCAACUUGUCCAUGACAGUGACUUAGACAACCUACAAAUUCAAGCAAAAGAACAGAUUCGUCUUUAUGGGAGGAACUUGCCAAAUUCAGGUGAUAUGCUCAGUUACAAGGACGGGAUGUUUCCCUUGGAUUAUCUUCACCAGGCUGCAGUAUACUACGCAUCAGCAGUCAAACUGAAACCCAAGGACGCCAGAUAUCAUUUUUAUCUUGCCACAGUUCUGGAGGAACAGUAUUAUGCAUCUGAAAUCUAUGGCUUAAGAAAAAAAACUGAAGAAGGGGAACUCGAUGUCAGCAGUGCAAAAGCUACAGGGAAAGAUGAAGAAAUACUAGCCAUCUGCCAGCUGCAUGGAUAUUUAGGAAGACCGAGUAUAGAACAGCAGCUGAAGGCUUUAGACAUGGAAUAUCAUCAACUCAAAGAGCAGAGUCAGUCAAGCAGAGCGGAUUACAUCCAGAAUCUUUAUGCCUGGAAGUCCAAACAGGCUGGUAAGAGCAGUGGCUUCUCUCUGGGUGAGGAGAGUCCAGUAACACAGGCGUUCCUCAAGUAUAAAGAUGCUCUUUCUCUGGAUCCUAAUAGCUGGCAAUACAAUUUUCAUGUGGGCAGACACUUGUUGCUACGGAAACAAAACAACGAAGCCCUGAUGUUGUUACAGAAUUCGCUGGCACUGCGACCAAUGUCUCCCAUUGCCAGGUACUAUGUCGGUCUAGCUCUUCUUGAGCAAGAAAAUGGUCCUGGAGCAAGAGUGCAAGAAGCAAUCCUAUACCUCCAGCAAGGCCUAGAGGAUUUUAUAAGUAAGCUUGCUGCACAGGAGAGUUCAGUUCUUCUGGCUGAGAAUCUCUUGAGUCCCCUCAAUGCUCAGUUACUCAUGGGGUUCAUUAAGUUUGGGAAAGUACUGAAGAGCCUUCCUGUGAACCCUUCUACCUCCUUCAUGACUCCACAGCAAGUCCUCCACUUUGUUGCAGAUUGGGCUGCUAGGGCCAUAUGCCAGUGCCUGCAUAGAGGAGUGGUCACCCAGGAUCUGGAAUGGGCUCUGCUGGAGGCUUGCUUUGGCCUCCUUGAGUUCUUGGUUGAAGAUGCAUCAGCUGAAGAAGACUGGGUACGGAAAAGAUGUCAGGCACUCUCUGCUCUCAUACGGCUGACCUCCAUUCCUGGAUGUAAGAAGCUGUUAGACAUGCAAGAAAAGGUGUGCCAGCUUGGAGUGAUGUCCUCUCCAUGUAAUAGCAAUGCUCUGUAUUUGCUGGGUAAUGCUCAGCUUGCCCUGUAUGAUGACAAGCCUUCCUCAGAAGAAGCGCAACUUGCUUUUCAGAAUUCCAAGCUGAGCUUUAAAGCCAGUAUUCGCCUGGAAAAUAUGCCAACCAAAGGACCCCCGCCUGCAGAACUAACGUCUCAGACAUGGUGGCAGGAGUGGAAGGCGGCACAAGAACUAAAGAGACAGAAACAGGCACCUCCAGCUUCUGCUGGUAGAGAAGUAAUGUCUGCUGCCAAGUCCGCAAAAGAAGCUUCUAAAGGAAAAGGAGUCACUCAAGUGCCCAAAGUAACAAGCUCUACCUCCAGACCUUACCCUCCCUCCAAGAGAGGAGGCACAACUACAUCUGGAGGGGGCAAUAGUAGAAUGGUCAAACCAGGAGUUUCCAGCACUAAAACAGAUACAACUGGAGUAAGUCAUAGUAAAGUGCAUACUACUGCGGGAUCCAAUACAAAAUCAGUGAUCACCGUGGCUGCCAGAGGACGUGGUGGAGCUGUAUUGUCGAAAACAGCAACUGCAGCCAGGCUCCAGGCAGCCAAUGGCCUUGGAUUAGUGAAACCUGCACAGCACUCAGCACCUUCACAUGAAAGCUCGGCUACUAAAGAAGAAGACAAGCAAGUUAUCACUGAAGGAGCAGCUUCUGGCCCUGUAUUGGUUAACAGCAGCUCCUUCCUGCCUCGCCUGGGUUUAGCACGUGCUCUCUCACGUACCAGUGAAACUCUAACAGACGCAGCAGAUUUAUAUCGAGAAGUCAUUAAAAUGGCACCAGAGGUUGUGGAUGCCUACACCGAGUUGGCUGAACUCCUGGUAAAGACUGACCCUCUAGGGGCAGUGGACAUCUAUUGCCAAUAUCCACAAAAACUAUCCCAAGAGCGAUCAUUUGACGAUGCAUUCAUCCCCGGGGAAAUUGUACGCCUGCUCAUGAAAUGUGAGAAGUAUGAAGACCCGCGCCUGCCUGACAACAUGAUUUCUUAUGGGAAAAUUAUGGGAAUAGGUUCUUUGGAGAAGUAUAUAUCCAUUCUAGAAGCAAAAUUCAAAACAAACAUUCUCAAGAAGGUCUACGCCGGCAUUCACGAUAAGUCAGAGGAUGAUAAAGAUCUGCAAGAUUUCUUCCGCUUUAAAUGCUGGAUAUGAGAUCUUAAAAGAGUAGUAUAAUGAAAGAUAACUUAUCCCCUAUCCAAAGGAAAGGGGAUAAUUUAUAGAUCAUGGGGGGUCCGACAGCUGGGACCCCAUGAUCUACUGAACGGGGCCCGCAGUCUGCUGGAA